AUGUUACCUUUCCUUACGAAUUGUAUGCACAAUAUGUGCGAAACUAACGCUAAUUUUCAGUGCAAAUGCCAAUUGAAAGGAAACCCCAAUCAGUACAUUGAGAUAUUCAAAAGUUCAUUCCAAGAGUUCCGGGCCGUGAGGUCGUACAUGGAUGCCAAGCCAUACCCGGGCGGUGGUGGUGGUGGCGGCGGACACGGAGGCUCGUAUGGUCGCGACGCCAUGGGCUCGUAUGGACCCCCACCGCACGGCCACUCGUCGCCUCCUUCCUAUCCCUACCAUAAGGUGCGUUACGGACACCCCUCACGCCCUGUCCCGUAUCCCAACAGAUUCCGCGGCAGUCCUUAUGGUAAUGGCGGUGGUUAUGGGCCUCCAAUUACGGGCGCCUCUCGCGGACCGCCCCCUCCCGGCGCUUCCAGACGUGUCUACGAUUACGACGACAUGGAGUUCAGAGGUCGUCCCGGAUAUGGCGGUCGCCACACAUACGACUCAUACCCAUCACAACAGCCACACAACGCGAUGCCAUUCGCCGGUCGCCAUACCGUUCACAUGAGAGGACUGCCAUAUAAGACAUCUGAGAGA